CCCAGACUCGAUUUGAACGAACAACAUCCAGUUGUAGUUCGUAAUUUGUACGAGUCAUUAGGUUUUAAAUUCGGGUUCUAGUUUCCAAUAUGAAGUGUUCCGUAUUUAUUUUGUUGCUAUUAGGGUUAUGUGCAGCAGAGAUACCAGAAAUUCCAGAAUUGGAUGAUUUGGAAGAUUUGAAAGAGAGAUGUGAUACAAAAGGUGGAACAGGUACUUUUGAAAAAGUUAAGGUUGCCAAAAAUGAAACUGAAACUUGCCUUAAGAAACUAAUCGAUGUUGAAAAAUUCAAAAAUGAAAUCGAGGAAGCCAAGAAGACUGGUUCGAUGGAUGAAGUUUUUGCAAAGUAUUGCAAUAAGAGAUCUGAAAUGGAAGCCUGUAUUAGGAAAACAUACAAUGCUUUAGAACCUUGUUUAGAAAGCAAUGAAAAGCAAGUCAUUAAUUUUACAGCUAACAUAUUGAAACAACUUGGUGACUUUGUUUGUGCUAAAGAUGGUGACAGACUCGCUAUGUUCGUAGCAGAAGGAGGAGUGACAUGCAUUAAAUCACGGUCUGAAGGUAUCAAGGACUGUUUGAAUCAAACACUCAAGUUCAACCCUGCAACUUUCUCUCCAGAAUCCAUGCACAGUUUCACCAUUGACAAAAAAAAAUGCGAUGAUAUAACUUCCAUUCAAAACUGCAUUGUCAAGGACUUAGAAGAAAAUUGCGAAGAAUCUACACCAGCUAACAUUAUUGAUGCACUGUUUCGUUUCGUGAAGAGGAGUGCUUGCAAAGACGUCAAAAGAAGAAGGAGUGUCAGUUUGAAAAGGCAACUGAGAAGUACAUUUUCAAAAACUCAAGAGAGUUUUGCAUCAAGCGACGUACUCAUCAAGCUGAGAGAUUUAUGUAAGAAAAAUGGUAAUGAAGGAUCUUUCGACAUGAUCAAA